ACGAUGGUGAUUGUAGUUACUCUUUUGUUUACUGUUAUUAUUAAACAACAUGUUUUGUGUGAAUAUGUGUUCAGAUCUUUGUUAUACGAGAACAGAACGGACCCAGCCACACGUCAGCUCUCUGAAUUUAUGAAAGAACAUCCGAAGCCGAUCGGCCUGUUAACAACUAGUUCAGGAGAGCCUGUGGAUAUCCGAGAUACCAUCACAUUGAACACUGACCUAUUGGAUAAUUCACAUUUCGUUGACAAUUUAUUACACUUAGACUCUGAAGUUAUACCUGAGAGGGUCGUUCAUGCCAAAGGUGCAGCAGCUUGGGGCUAUUUCGAAGUAACAAAUGAUGUUUCCAAAUACACCAAAGCUGACGUUUUUAAUGGAAUCGGCAAGAAAACUCCUAUUGUUGGAAGAUUUUCAACCGUCGCUCAAAACAAAGGAGGAAGCGAUCUCGCGAGAGAAGCGAAAGGAUUGGCCAUAAAAUUUUAUACUCGAGAAGGAAAUCUUGAUUACCUAUGUUUAAAUUUCCCAGUUUUUGUCCUAAAAGAUCCGGAAUAUUUUAAAUCUUUUGUUCACGUGCUAAAAAGAAAUCCUCAGACUAAUUUAGAAGACAAUACUGCUAGGAUAGACUUUUUCUCUUUAAGACCUGAAAGUUUACAUAAUGUACUGUGGCUGUUAUCAGAUUACGGUAUACCUAAUGGUUAUAGAAAAAUGGAUGCGUUUGCGAUUCACACGUAUGAAAUAAACAAUGGAAAAGGCGAAAAACACUUUGUUAAAUUUAAUUUUAGAACACAACAAGGCAUAGAAAAUCUACCAUCUGAUGAAGCUAUGAGAAUUAGUGGAAUGGAUCCAGAUUAUUAUAACAGAGAUUUGUAUAAUUCGAUAGAAGAAAAAAAUUAUCCAAUUUGGAAAUUCGAAAUGGACGUUUUGAAUUUUACAGAUAUUUUAAAUUUAAAUUACAAUCCAUUCGAUCUCACCGUCUUAUGGAAGAAAGGUACUUAUCAUACAGUAGAGAUUGGGAAAAUCGUUUUUAACAGGAACCCAGACAAUAUGUACAGAGUAUCUGAACUAAGUGCAUUUAAUCCUGCGAACUUAGUGCCUGGGAUACCUGGCCCUUUUGAUGAUCUAUUUAAAUCGCGUCGUCUUUCAUACGCUGAUACACAAAAGCAUCGUUUAGGUGCAAAUUAUAAUAGAAUAGAAGUAAAUCAUCCUACAUACGCUAAGGUGUAUAACCGUGACGGUGAGCCUCCUGUUAAAGAUAAUAUGAAAAACGUUCCAAAUUACUAUCCAAAUUCAUUCAGUGGACCAAUUCCUUAUGUUGAGACGAGUAAACCAAAGAAUAAAAUCUCUUUGCUAGAGAACCAGGCGGCAGAUUUUCAACAACCAGCAUACUUCUAUAAUCACGUGUUAGAAAAUGAUGAACAAAGAACAAGACUAGCGAACAACACCGUGCAAUUACUUCUGCGAAACCCUCCGUUCCUGCAACGAAGAUGGAUUAAUUUGUAUUACAUGAUUGAUUAUCAUUUAGGUGAUGAUACUUCGACAUUAUUACAUAGAGCACUUAAACAUGCUAAUACAACAAUUACACCAAGGAAGAUAUUGAGAAUUUCAAGAGAUAAAUGUUACUAAACAUUUGCAAGAGAAUUGAAUAGCAGGAAUAAAACUAAAGGAGAAAAAGCUUAACUUA